UCCUGCCGAGCCACAAACCACUCAGAUCAGUCAGGGAGAGAGAGUGUGUGUGUGUGAGUGCAGGACCAGGGGAGAAAGUGUGUGAGAGUGUGUCAGGAAUCAGAGUGCUCCAAAGGACGUCACACAUGCUCCCAGAGAGAGAGGGAAACACGUUGUCACAGGAAGGCGUCUAUCCUCACGCGUUCUGGACUGUGGAAGAGUCAACAGCCUCUGACAGCAGUGAGUAUUCCAGCGGUGGAUGCAGUGAAACGAUGAUGUGCAUUUAGUCAGCUGGACUGGAUAUUUCUCAGAAGUGAUACAGAUUUCAAGACCUAACUUACUUUCUAAAGGGGGGGGGGUUUAAAAUACCUCACCACGAAAAGACUUGUAAUAAGACAUUAUUGAAGAGUGUGUGAAGUGUUUCUGCAUCACCAUGGAUCAGCCAGCCAGCAGCUGCAUGCGGAGCACCCACCCCAGCAGUCCCAUCUGGGGCUGCAUGAGGAACCCACACUCAGGGGUCCCGGGAGCAAACCUCCAGUCGCCCUACCAGCAGGGCCCUUUCUCCCUUCACCAGAAGCCCGAGUUCCUGGCCUACACAGACUUCUCCAGCUCCUGCCUGGUGCCGACCGCGCCGCACGCAGCCUACCCCCGAGACGACAGACUCUACCAAGAGAGCCAGGGGGGUUACCAGAGAGCUGACUGGCAGUUCAACCCCUGUGAGACAAGGGUGAGAGCACCCGAGGCCUGCGCGCCCGUCGUCACCCCCGCAGUAGUAGGUGGCGGCGGGAGUGGAGGGCCUGAGCUGGACAGUGUAGGGGGAGAAAGGCUGCCAGGUACCGUGCCCGGGUGCCUGGAGGGAGAAUACUCACCCCAAAGCGUGGCGUCGGCCGACUCAGACAAGAAGAGCUCCAAUAAGAGGAAGAGAGAUGUCACAGAUAUCCAGGAGUCCAGUUUUAAGGUGGACUCCAGCUGCAAGGCCCGGAAAGAGCGCACGGCGUUCACCAAGGAGCAGCUGAGGGAGCUGGAAGCCGAGUUCACCCACCACAACUACCUGACCAGGCUCCGCCGCUACGAGAUCGCCGUCAACCUGGACCUCACAGAGAGACAGGUGAAAGUGUGGUUCCAGAACCGGAGGAUGAAGUGGAAGAGGGUGAAAGGAGGACAGUCGGCUUCCCCGAACGACCUGGAAAAUGACGACAUAGACUCGGCUGCCUCGCCCAGCUCUGAAUGAACAAGGGGGAGGGGGUGGAGCAUAAUGAAAAGGAGAUGCUGAUCACCUUGUAGCACACAGAGAGAGACUGGGGUCAACUGGACACUGAUGCAGCACAAUGCAACUUUUGCUCAUUUCUUUGGAAAGCUGCAAGAAUCAAAUAAUUCUAGAGACUUUUUUUCAUUAUUCCCAGGAUGAAAUCACUGAGCAUCUCCUUUGUUGUUUUCUGUUGUAAAUAGUUGAUUUCUGUCCAUAAUGAACUGCAUUUUGAUACACUAUUGAUAAGUACUAAAUACUGUUUUUAGAGGCCACCUCUUGUUGCAGAGAUGAUACUUGCGCUCGUUGUACAGUCAUACAGUGGCUUUAAGGCCAGUGAUGACUUAUCAGACCGUGAUGUGAUUGUGUUUGAGGGUAUCCCCUUUGGUUCCAAUAUUGUAAUCACGGCCUUUGACGCUUGACUACAACCACCUGGGAAAACUCAGACUGCACAAGUGUUGCCAAGCCAUAAGUGCCUCUGAAUCAGAUGUUGGUUUUUUUCAUUUUGUUAGUUUCUUCACCUAGAAUAUAGUUUUUUUUCUGUCAAACA